AUGAAACCAGAAACUUUAGUCAAGAAAAUAAUAGAAGCUAUAGAAACAGCUUCACCUACUACAAUAACUUAUAAUGGUAAAAAAAUCAGCAUAACUAAAAAACUUAUUGAUAAAUAUAAAUAUUAUAAAGUCAGAGACGAUAUAGACUUAGAAAGAAUUGACGCGAACGCAAAAGAAGGUGGAUUUAUAUUUUCCCUAACUUUAAUAUUUGCUGGUAUUACCGCGGCGGCUACAGUGGUUGGUGCUACAGCUGGUGGAGUAAGCGUUGCCAACGAAAAGAAAGCUGCUAUUGCAGAAGUUGCUGCUUCAAAAGCGGUCGAAGAAAAGAAAGCAGCCGAAGAACAUAGACAUAAUUUAAGAUUGGAAAAGUUGGCAGCAGAGGGUAAAAACCUAAAACGGAAAAGAAAGGUUCAGGAGUUGGAGAUAUGA